AUGCAGGCGGCUCGGCACGUCGUGUGCGCCGUCUCCGGCGGCGUGGACAGCGCCGUGGCAGCGCUGCUGCUGAGGCGGAGAGGUUACCAGGUGACAGGGGUGUUCAUGAGGAACUGGGACUCCCUGGACGAACACGGCGUCUGCACUGCCGACAGAGACUGCGAGGAUGCUUACAGAGUGUGCCAGAUCCUGGACAUCCCCUUCCGGCAGGUGUCCUACGUGAAGGAGUACUGGAACGACGUCUUCAGUGAUUUUUUAAAUGAAUAUGAAAAAGGAAGAACUCCUAAUCCUGACAUAGUCUGCAACAAGCUUAUCAAAUUCCGUUGUUUUUUUAAUUAUGCUGUGGAUAAUCUUGGCGCAGAUGCAGUGGCGACAGGUCACUACGCAAGAACGUCCCUGGAAGAUGAAGAGGUGUUUCAGCAGAAGCACAUCAAGAGGCCAGAAGGGCUCUUCAGAAACCGGUUUGAAGUUAGGAACGCGGUAAAACUCCUCCAAGCAGCUGACAGCUUUAAAGACCAGACCUUCUUUCUCAGCCAGGUUCCCCAGGAGGCGCUAAGGAGAACCCUCUUCCCCCUGGGGGAAUUAACGAAAGAUUUCGUAAAGAAAAUAGCUGCUGAGAACAGACUUCAUCAUGUGCUUCAGAAGAAGGAGAGCAUGGGCAUCUGUUUUAUUGGUAAAAGGAACUUUGAAAAUUUCAUCCUUGAGUACUUACAGCCUCGACCUGGCCGGUUUAUUUCUAUAGAAGACAACAAGGUUCUGGGAACACAUAAAGGUUGGUUCCUGUACACUUUGGGCCAGAGAGCCAACAUAGGAGGCUUACGGGAGCCCUGGUACGUGGUGGAGAAGGAUGGUGCCAAGGGCGACGUGCUUGUGGCCCCCCGGACAGACCACCCGGCCCUGUACAGAGACCUGCUGCGGACCGGCCGCGUUCACUGGAUCGCGGAGGAACCGCCUGCUGCCCUGGUCCGCGACAAGAUGAUGGAGUGUCACUUCCGCUUCCGCCACCAGAUGGCGCUAGUGCCCUGCGUGCUGACCCUCAAUCAGGAUGGCACCGUGUGGGUGACGGCCGUGAAGGCUGUGCGCGCUCUCGCCCCGGGACAGUUCGCCGUGUUCUACAAAGGGGACGAGUGCCUGGGCAGCGGGAAGAUCCUGCGUCUGGGGCCAUCCACCUACACACUGCAGAAGGGCCAUAGAACAUCCAGCGUGGCCACGGAGGGCUCCAGCGACAACCCGGGCCUGGGGCCCGCGCCCUGA